AUGGAGAUGGUAACUUCAGAGCAAGACUUAUCACAAUCUUAUGAAGCUAAUUCUUCACGAUUGGAGUCAUGUGACAUGGUGGAACUUAAACCUGAUCAGCAUGAUAAAGUAAUUGCCAAGUUAGAUAAAAAUAUAAUUAUGAAACAGGAAUUAAAGCAACAGUUAUCGUCACCUGUACACAUUCUUUCAUCAGAUCAAAUUUAG